UUCCAGGGGUCCAGAAGGCUAAAAGGUGGGGGAGAAGGAAGCCGAACCUCUAAUCGACCUGGACACAUAAAGAAUUCUCAGCGUCGAGAGAGAUUUGAGAUUCCGUAAGUAACUCAGUGAGUUCUUUCUAAGAAGGGCUUGGAAGAAGAAAAUGAAAUAGGAACAACCGCGCUGGUCGUAAUAGAUCGACUUUCAUGCUAUUUCUUGCUCCAGCAUGAAAGUUCCAUUUCAGGGAAGGACGACGUACUAUGAUACUUUCCAUUUUGUCGCGCCCUGCUUUGGUCUCUGGUUUGAUGGUUGUACGUGAAAAUCCGGUACAUUCCGUUUGUUUCAUCCCAGUCUUUCGCAACACUUCAGGUUUACUUCUUUUGUUAGGUCUCGACUUCUUCGCUAUGAUCUUCCCAGUAGUUUAUAUAGGAGCUAUAGCCGGUUCAUUCCUAUUCAUUGUUAUGAUGUUCCAUAUUCAAAUAGCGGAGAUUCACGAAGAAGUAUUGCGCUAUUUACCAGUAAGUGGUAUUAUUGGACUUAUCUUUUGGUGGGAGAUGUUCUUUACUUUAGAUAAUAAAGGCAUUCCAUUACUACCAACCCAAAGAAAUACGACCUCUCUGAGAUAUACGGUUUAUGCCGGAAAGGUACGAAGUUGGACUAAUUUGGAAACAUUGGGCAAUUUACUUUAUUCCUACUAUUUCGUCUGGUUUUUGGUUUCUAUUCUUAUUUUAUUAGUAGCCAUGAUUGGGGCUAUAGUACUGACUAUGCAUAGGACUACUAAGGUGAAAACAAAGGAUGUAUUUCGACGAAAUGCUCUGGAUUCUAGGAGGACUAUAAUGAGGAGGACGACAGACCCGCUCACGACAAUAAGGAGAAGCAGUGGUUCGAAUCCACAUCGUGAGCUUUAUGGGAAGAAGACAGGUGGGCGCGAGCCGAGCGAGAACAAAGCACGUUUCAGUGGUGGGCUGUCUUCGCGGUACUAUUUCAUCGGCUUUUUCUUGGCAAAAGUCGCUUUAAUCAAAGUCAAGGUGAGCGCAAGGCUAGCCGAGGCUGCUGGACCACCAGAUUGUUGGACUGGCACCACAGACGAGAAGCUUUUACGUAUUACGGAAAAGCAACUCAACCGAAUCGCUGAGGAAAGAAAUGCCCUAGCCGAAAUUUUGAAAGGGCUACUUUCUUUGGCAUGGGGCUGCCGGGCACUCCCCAAGACCAAAAAGACAGCAUCUAUCUCAUUUUCAAGGAUGAGAUAG